UCAUUUGCAACGCCACAUUUUCUGUCGUCCCGUUUGCUGCAUCAGAAGUGUCGCACUGUCCUGUUGUACGGAUCAACUCUCGCAAAUAUCAUGUCCCACAGAGCCCAACCAGCCGGUAUCGCUGCGGAGGCCAGACGCAAGCUUGAUGCUAAAUACGACCCAAACGCUGAGCAAAAUGCUCGACUUUGGAUGGAAGAUGUUACAGGCAUCCUCUUAAUGAAUCCAGGCGAUGACGUUCAGACAAUAGAGCAACUAAACGAAUGGCGAAUGAAUCCUCUUGGACAGAAAGAGUUCCACAAAGCAUUGAAAGACGGCGUCCUCAUUUGCAAGUUAAUGAACGCUCUUAAAGAAGGAAGCGUUCCAAAAAUCAACGAAGGCGCAGGUAACAGCUACAAACAGAUGGAAAACAUCUCAAACUUCCUCAAAGCUGCCUUAGCAUACGGAUGUGAAAAAGGUGAUCUGUUCCAAACAGUUGAACUCCACGAAGGCAGAGACAUGGGUCAGGUUUUGAACGGUAUCUACGCCGUGGGAAGACAGGCACAAGACAAAAUCACGGAUGAAGCGUUCCCGAAGCUUGGCCCGCGACAAGCCAAGUACAAUCCACGUAACUUCACGAAGGAGCAACUGGAGAAGGGAAAGCACGUGUGCGCGCUACGUUUCUAAACGUGCAGCACGUGUUGAAAGCGUGCGGCACGCUUCUCGCAGUUGGGAGCAAGGAACAAUAACGCUAAUGUGUUGUAUUAGAAAUAUUGAAUGUCUUAAUCAAGCAAUCUUAGCUAUGUAAAUGGUCUAAUUUUUUUUAGAAAUUAAAAUUUGCAUAUAUUUUUUGUCGUUUUCACCAUAUUA